ACAACGACUCUCGCGGAGAGAUAUGUAGUAUCUUGUCAGAAUAUCUAUUAUCUUUGAUUCAACAAAAUCACGUGAUGUGGACGGUGCGCGCCACCAGGAAGAAGGCCGGCGCACGCGUGAAGAAGGGAAUGAUGGUGGAUAGGUUGGCAACGCAUCACGCUUGAUGAUAGCUAUCGAUUUCCAACAGUUCACUAGAGCUAGUAGGUCGAACAUCACUCAAAGGUACUUGCUGUUACUAGCACUGUAGCUAGUUCCCGUAGAACGACACCCUGGAACAUAAAAAAAUGCCGAACAUUAAGAUAUUUAGCGGUAGCUCCCAUCGGGAACUGUCUCACAAAAUCGCCGAUCGUCUUGGGAUGGAACUCGGGAAGGUUGUGACCAAAAAAUUCAGCAAUCAAGAAACAUGUGUUGAGAUCGGAGAGAGUGUGCGUGGAGAGGAUGUCUACAUCGUACAGAGCGGAUGUGGGGAGAUCAAUGAUAAUCUGAUGGAGCUGCUGAUUAUGAUCAAUGCGUGUAAGAUCGCCUCGGCCUCCCGGGUCACAGCCGUCAUCCCCUGCUUCCCCUACGCACGGCAGGACAAGAAGGACAAGGUGGGGAGUCGGGCGCCCAUCUCAGCCAAGCUGGUGGCUAACAUGCUGUCUGUGUCUGGGGCUGACCACAUCAUCACUAUGGACCUCCACGCCUCACAGAUCCAGGGUUUCUUCGACAUCCCAGUGGAUAACCUGUAUGCUGAGCCUGCUGUACUGAAGUGGAUCAAGGAGAACAUCGCAGAGUGGAAGACCUGCACCAUCGUCUCUCCAGACGCAGGGGGAGCCAAGAGAGUGACGUCCAUAGCAGACAGACUCAACGUGGACUUUGCUCUGAUUCACAAAGAGAGAAAGAGGGCCAACGAGGUGGAUCGCAUGGUGCUGGUCGGGGACGUCACGGACCGGGUAGCCAUCUUGGUGGAUGACAUGGCAGACACCUGUGGUACUAUCUGUCACGCGGCCGACAAGCUGAUCUCAGCUGGUGCUACCAAGGUGUAUGCCAUCCUGACCCACGGUAUCUUCUCUGGCCCGGCCAUCUCCCGCAUCAACAACGCCUGCUUCGAGGCCGUGGUCGUCACCAACACUAUCCCUCAGGAGGAGAAGAUGAAGACCUGUCCUAAGAUACAGGUGAUUGACAUCUCUAUGAUCCUGGCUGAGGCCAUCCGCAGGACCCACAACGGGGAAUCUGUCUCCUACCUCUUCAGCCACGUCCCCUUGUAACAUCACACACACACACACACACACACUGAGUCACCUGGGGCACCGUUCAGGAGGACACAAAUCAAAUCAAAAUCAAAUCAAAUGUAUUUAUAUAGCCCUUCGUACAUCAGCUGAUAUCUCAAAGUGCUGUACAGAAACCCAGCCUAAAACCCCAAACA